AUGACGAGGAGGGGCACGUUACUGCGAGAUCAGCAGCGACUUCUGCAAGGACAGGAAAUGGAGUCUCUCCUAUCGGCGGAGAACUUGAAGCGGGCGUUGAUGUUGAAGGCAAACCUAAUAAUAAAAUUCCCGGCGUUCUCCCCCAUUCCGAGCAUUCCGAGAUCACUCUCGCGUUUGACGAAUCUAACAACUUUGGAUUUGUCUGGAAACUUGUUGUCAGGUUCCAUUCCAGUAGAGCUUGGAGAUGCUGUCACACUCCAAGGUUUAUAUUUGGGACAUAAUCAACUCUCAGGUACCAUUCCUGGUAGUUUCGGAAAGUUAACUAGUUUGUUGAAGCUGAAUUUGACAGGAAAUAUGUUGUUUGGUUCAAUUCCAAUUAGUUUUGGGAACAUGAAGGAUUUAACUCACUUGGAUUUGAGCUAUAACGUGCUCAGCAGCGAACUUCCAUCAAUUAUGUCAGGCGUGCAAAGCCUUGUCGGUUUUUACGUCCAGAAUAACAGGCUUUCAGGCCAAGUGGGGAGCUUUUCUCAAACUCCAUGA